AUAAAAGGGAAGGUCCAUGGUAAGUUAAGUGGAGUCCCAAGUGAUGAAAACCAAUUUUCUCUCUCACUCUCUCUCUCACUCAGAUCUCUAAAAUUCUAUUUUUCUACACUGUAAAUCGAGUACCCAAAAGGAAUCGAAUCGGAAGUGGAAUACAGAGAACUUGGCUUUGAUCUCUCCCUUUCAACUCCCACUUUAAAAGAAGACAGAGUGAGAGCUUAGCUACAAAUUCCAAACCGUAUAUAUAAUAUAAACACAAGCACUAUUGCAUAUUAAUGGCAGCACCUCUCUCUCUCUCGUUUCCUUUUAAGUGUUACUGCUUGUUAGAGUAGCUGAACAGCAGUGAAUGCUUUUCCUUUUACUUUGGCCUUUCCUUCAACUUCAACAUCUAUAUUCUGUCACUGUUCAGCCCAUUGAAACCCGCAGAUUUUUUCAGCUUCUCUCUUUUUCCUGCUUUUGAGGUCUCGCCGUCUUUGGCCUUCUGCACUGCCUUUUGUCUGUGGAGAUUGGUGGCGCAUUCAAUUACUUUUACUAAAGAGAUCCAUAGCUGGAGAUUUUUCUCUUUUUUGCUCUGUUGCUAUUUCAACACAAUUAUGGCUAUCUUCGCAGAAUCUUGGAACUGAGAAAUCUUAAAUACUCUCUCUCUCUCUCUCUCUCUCUCUCUCUCUCUCAACUGUGCCUUACUGAUUCUCGGCUCAUGUCAAGUAAAGGACAGGCUUUGAAAACUUAGUCUGUCAUUUGGGUCGUAGACGGAUCUGUGAUCGGUUCUUCAAUCCCUUUACUCGAAAGAGACGUCUCAGAACGAGGUUGGCUUCAUAGUAGUAUAUUAGGUUUUCUCUUCUUUGAUCUACCAGGAUUUAGACGUUCCCUUUAAAGAGAAAAUAAAAAAACAAGAAGAUAAUGUUGCCUCAGAAGCAAGCAGAAGAAGCAAUAGUCUCCAACUUUAGCGAGACGGAGAAUCAGAGCAAAGAUGAGGAGAAAGAAGAUCAACACUCCAUGUUUAGCGUCAAGAGUCUUCUGUGGCAUGGUGGCUCUGUCUGGGAUGCCUGGUUCAGUUGUGCUUCCAAUCAAGUAGCCCAGGUACUGUUGACAUUGCCAUACUCAUUCUCUCAACUGGGCGUGCUGUCAGGGAUUUUGUUACAAGUAUUCUACGGGCUUGUAGGAAGCUGGACUGCUUAUCUUAUCAGUGUACUGUACAUAGAGUAUAGAAGCCGAAAGGAGAAAGAGAAUGUUAACUUCAAGAACCAUGUCAUACAGUGGUUUGAAGUGCUUGACGGGUUACUGGGUCCAUAUUGGAAGGCCGUAGGUCUUGCCUUUAACUGUACUUUUCUCCUCUUUGGAUCUGUCAUACAACUUAUUGCUUGUGCAAGUAAUAUAUAUUACAUCAACGACCAUUUGGACAAGAGAACAUGGACCUACAUUUUUGGAGCUUGCUGUGCUACUACAGUUUUCAUACCAUCUUUUCACAACUAUCGGAUCUGGUCUUUUCUUGGCCUUGGCAUGACCACAUACACGGCCUGGUACCUCACCAUAGCAGCAGUUGUGCACGGCCAGGUGGAAGGAGUAACACACACGGGUCCAAAAAAGCUAGUGCUUUACUUCACCGGAGCAACCAACAUCUUGUAUACCUUUGGUGGACACGCUGUUACAGUGGAAAUCAUGCACGCUAUGUGGAAGCCUCAAAAGUUCAAGUAUAUAUAUUUGCUAGCUACAGUCUACGUUUUCACAUUAACACUUCCAUCUGCCACCGCCGUCUACUGGGCUUUCGGCGAUGAGCUACUGAACCACUCCAACGCUUUCUCUCUUCUACCCAAAUCUGGAUUCCGCGAUGCUGCCGUUAUCUUAAUGCUUAUUCACCAGUUCAUAACAUUUGGGUUCGCAUGUACACCUCUGUACUUUGUGUGGGAGAAGGUGAUAGGGAUGCACGACACAAAGAGCAUAUGCCUGAGGGCACUUGCGAGGCUGCCGGUGGUGAUACCCAUAUGGUUUUUGGCCAUUAUUUUCCCAUUUUUUGGGCCUAUAAACUCAGCCGUCGGAGCUCUUCUGGUCAGCUUCACCGUUUACAUCAUCCCAUCUUUAGCCCAUAUGCUCACCUACAGAAAAGCUUCUGCCAGACAGAAUGCAGCAGAGAAACCCCCAUCCUUUUUACGAAGCUGGACAACGAUGUAUGCCAUAAACACUUUCAUAGUGGUGUGGGUUUUGGUGGUCGGCUUUGGCUUCGGCGGAUGGGCAAGCAUGACCAACUUUGUCAAGCAAGUAGACACAUUUGGGCUCUUCGCCAAAUGCUACCAAUGCAAGCCUCCACUACCUCCGCCAACUUCUAAUACUACUGCUGCUGCCCAUCACCACUGAGUCAAAGCUCUCUUUACUUUUUAUUUUGUAUCAUACAUGGGGAGAUAGCAAUAUCUUUCCUUUCCAUUUCAUGUGUGCUGGAUUUUCCUUUCUCUUUUUCUUUUCCAUUAUUUUUUUAGUUGAUAAAAUAGUGUGUUUAAUUUGUGAUGA